GUCGCGGGAAACCCGAUGAGCGACAAAAGCCGGCUGCCAAUGGGAGGCGCAAACCGCGCGGACCAAUCAGCGCAGGGGAGGCGGAGCGGCGCGUCCAAUCAGCGUGAGGGGGCGGGGCCGGCACGGCGCCGUUACCGCCGGGAAAGGGGAGGAGGCGCCGCCAUCAUGAGCUACGGGUACGGAGAUUGGAAUUCAGGCUCGAGCAGAGGGUACGAGGGCUAUGGCUACGGCUACGGCUACGGCCAGGAGGGCUCCGGGGGCUUCGGCUUCGGCGGCGCCGCCGGCAAUUCCUGGGAGCUCGGCAGCUCCGAGCCCGACGGGGCCCCGAGGGCGGCGACGGCCCCGGGAAGCAGCGGCAGGAGCCGGGAGCCGGGAUCCACGGCGAGGCCGAGGGGCUGCCGGGACGCGGCUACGGGGCUGCACCCGAGAGGUGGGAUUGGGAUUGGGAUUGGGAUUGGGAAUGGGGGAGCCGGGAUCCACGGCGAGGCCGAGGGGCUGCCGGGACGGGGCUACGGGGCUGCCCCCGAGAGGUUUGACCCGUACGAACCCUACGAGCGACGCGCGCAUGUGAACGAGCACCGGGAUCUGUACCGGGCAGCCUUCGACUACCCCGGCGAUUAUCCCAACGAUUAUCCCAACGAUUACCCCAACGAUUACCCCAACGAUUACCCCAAUGAUUACCCUAAUGAUUACCCCAAUGACUACCCUAAUGAUUACCCUGAUUACCCCAACGAUUACCCCACGAUUACCCCGACUAUCCCAACGAUUAUCCCGGCGAUUUCCCCAACGAAGCCGAGCCCGACGCCAGCGACUUCUACGGGCGGGCGCCGGGGCGGGAGCAGCACUUCCCGGGCAAAUUCCGGGAGGGCUUCGGCGCCCGGGGGGGCUGGGGGGGCCGGGAGCGGCCCGCCGGGGUUCCCGGCCCGCGGGGGCUGGGCCGAGCCGCGGGGCCCCCCCCGGCGCCUCCCGUCGCUCUUCGCCCACAACAUCCUGCCCGAGGCCGGCGCCUGCCGCGGCUUCCCCGGCGCCUUCCGCGGCCUCAAGAGGAUGAGGAGGGGCUGGAAGGCCUGGGACGCCGACUUCAGGCCGCAGCGCAAGCGGCCCCGCACGGGACUCGCUGGGGCGGCGGCGGCCGCAGCCGGGCGGCGCCGAGGAGCGGAACCCGCGCACGACGGCUCCGACAACUCCAGCUCCGACAACGAGGAAGGCACGGAGGGAGAAUCCGGAGAAAAGGAGGAAUCCAGAGGGGUGAGAAGGGAGGAUGAAGAGGGAAGAGAUUCUGAGAAAGCAGCCGAGGAGCCCUGCCCGCUGUCCCAGCUGCGGCAGAAGCUGCCGGCCGCCAGGAAAGCCCAGGAGCGCCAGAAGAAGCGGCACCGCGACCGCAUGGUCGAGAGGAUCCAGUUCGUGUGCUCUCUCUGCAAGUUCCGGACGUUCUUUGAGGACGAGAUCCGGCAGCACCUGGAGAGCAAAUUCCACCGGGAGCACUUCCAGUUCGUGGGCACGCGGCUGCCCCCGCACACAGCCCACUUCCUGCAGGAGUACGUGGCCAACAAGACGCGGAAGACGGAGGAGCGGCGCCGCGGGAUCCGGGACAUCAACGCCGUCAUCCAGCAGAUCCAGAGGGAGCAGGACCUGACCCAGGAGCUGGGCCUGGAGCACUUUGUGCGCAAGGUGGAGGCCGCUCACUGCUCGGCCUGCGACCUCCUGAUCCCGAUGCACUUCGGCUCCAUCCAGAAACACCUCCGGUCCCCGGAGCACAACCACAACCGCCGGGCGAUGCUGGAGCAGUCGAAGCGCGCGUCGCUGGCGGUGGCGCGGAGCAUCCUCAACAACAAACUGAUCAGCAGCAAGCUGCAGCGCUUCCUGCAGGGAGAAAAUCCCUUCACGGAUGAUGCCGAGGAGAAGGAGGAGCACGAGGAAGGGGAAGGAGCAGCCGAGGAAAACCCCCAAAAUCCCGAGGAAAACCCCCAAAAUCCUGAAGAAAACCCUGAAAAUCCCACAGAAAAUCCUGAAAAUCCCACAGAAAAUCCUGAAAAUCCCACAGAAAAUCCCCAAAAUCCAGAAAAUCCCACGGAAAAACCCCAAAACCCCGAGGAAAAUCUGGAAAACCCCACAGAAAAUCCUGAAAAUCCUGCGGAAAAUCCUGGAAAUUCCACAGAAAAUCCCCAAAAUCCCGAGGAAAAUCUGCAAAACCCCACAGAAAAUCUGCAAAAUCCCACAGAAAAUCCUGAAAAUUCCACGGAAAAUCCUGAAAAUCCCGCGGAGAAUCUCGAGGAAAAUCCCCAAAAUCCUGAGGAUUCUGAAGAAAGUCCCAAAAAUCCGGAGGAUUCGGAGGAAAAUCCCAAAAAUUUGGAGGAAAAUCCCGAGGAAAAGGAAAAUCCCGAGGAAAUUGCAGCGGCCAAAAAGCAGGAAAAGGGACCAGGGACAGACACAGGGGUGGAAAAUUCCCCAAAUUCCCCAAAUUCCCCGAAUUCCCCGAAUUCCCUGAAUCCCGAGGGGUCCCCGGAGGCAGAGGAAGGUUCCGGAAGGUUCCAGGAGUGAAUUCCUGCCCCAGGGAGAGGGACCCGGAGGCAGCCCUGGAUCAGCCCGGCCCGCCUGGAAUUCCUGGGAAAAACUGGGAAAAACGGAAUUUCCUUGGAUUUUUUGGGAAUUCCUGGGAAAAAAAUGAAUUUCCUGGGGGUUUUUGGGAAUUCCUAGGGAAAAAAUGGAAUUUCUUUGGAUUUCUUUGGGAAUUCCUGGGGAAAAAACUGAAUUUCCUGGGGUUUUCUGGGAAUUUCUGAGGGGAAAAUGGAAUUUUGUGGAAGAUUUUUGGGAAUUCCUGGGAAAAAAAUGGAAUUUCCUGGCAAUUUCUGGGGGGAAAAUGGAAUUUCCUGG